AUGGUGGCCAAUGCACUGUCCAAAGCUCUACAGCAGCUACACCCGAAUCUAAGGACAAACGGGUUUGGUAUUGGUAACUCACAUAGGAAGUUAUCGCUCACAUUCAUCCCACCGAGCACCAAGUCACCGUUGUUUGUGUACUCAAAGACCGGAGCCAGGAGCUUUCUCUCUCUGGGAACAGAUUAUGAUGAGAUUCCCGAGGAGGAUGAAGACGAGUAUGGUGGCGACUUGAGUAGAACUGUUUCGCUGCCAUCACAGAUCACUGAAAGGUCACAAGAGCCCGAGCUCGAUUGGCUGUUGGAGGAGCACACGAGGAGGUACUCCAGUGUGCAGAACUCGGAUGAUGAGGAUGAUGAGGACGGCGACGAUGCACUGGGUGUGGAUACAGAUCAGACGUAUCAUGGGUAUCAGGACGAAUCUGACGACUUUGCACACUUCAUGUCCAGAAUACGGCACAACAGGGCAACAGCGAACGUUACGCAGAGGCGUAAUUCAUUCCAGUCCAUUGGUUCUGUCAGUGUGGUACAGCAAACAGACGAGGACUUUGUCCAUGAGAAAGUUACGCUAAGGUCAGAAGCAUCAAUGCUCUUGCAGUACUCAAUACCUCUGAUAACGACGUUCUUCUUGGAACAGGUGUUCGCCAUUGUGAGUGUCUUGGUGGUGGGCCAUAUUGGUAAGAAUGAACUUGCUGCGGUUUCCUUAGCCACUAUGACAUCAAACAUCAUAUUUGCCAUUUUUGAAGGUAUUUCAACGGCAUUGGAUACGCUCUGUCCACAGGCGUUUGGGGCUGGUGAUCUAUAUGGGGUUGGAAUACACUUCCAAAGAUGUACGUUGAUGUCAUUGACUCUAUUCAUCCCAUUUGGAAUUGCGUGGUGGUAUUCAGAGGCACUGCUUAACCUGCUGGUUCCAGAUGAACAAGUUGUACAUUUAGCAUCCGUCUUCCUAAGGAUUAUGCUACCAGGUGCUCCAGCAUAUAUCAUAUUUGAGAAUUUCAAAAGAUAUCUUCAGGCCCAAGGUAUCUUUGAAGCUGGCACAUAUGUCUUACUCAUAUGCGCACCUUUGAAUGUACUCUGCAGUUACUUGCUUGUAUGGAACAAGUACAUUGGACUGGGGUUCAUCGGUGCUCCAAUAGCAGUCACUUUGAACUUUUGGUUGAUGCUCGUGCUGCUAACUCUGUACUGCGUGUUCAUCGAUGGUGAUAAAUGCUGGGGAGGCUGGUCUAAGAGAAGUCUGGACCACUGGAAAGACCUCAUGCAUUUGGCAGUCCCUGGGAUGAUUAUGCUUGAAGCUGAGGGUUUAUCCUAUGAAAUCAUGACGUUGUUUGCCUCAUAUUUUGGAACAACUUACUUAGCAACCCAGAGUGCCAUUUCUACACUUGCAUCUUUGUUAUACAUGGUUCCCUUUUCCGUGGGGAUUGCAUCAUCUACAAGAAUAGCCAAUUUCGUUGGUGCUGAAAGAAUCAAUUGUGCAAAACUCAGCGCAGAGAUUGGCAUUUACUCAGGUGUGGUAGUUGGGGUGUUCAACUGCCUGAUGAUUAUCAUCUUUAGAAGACCAUUGGCGAACAUGUUCUCCAAAGAUGAUCAAGUGGUCGAUAUGAUUGUCGACAUAUUCCCUCUCAUUGCCGUUGUUGAGAUCUUUGAUGCGAUGAACGCCGUCGCUGGAAGCUGUCUUAGAGGCCAGGGUAUGCAAAGAAUCGGUAGUUACAUCAACCUGGUGGUUUAUUAUGUGAUUGGAGUGCCAUUAGCGUGGCUCUUUGGCUAUUACUGGGACUUCAAGCUGGAAGGAUUGUGGAUUAGUAUUGGGUUUGGGCUCUUCUUAAUCGGGGUAAGUGAGAGUUGGUGUGUCAUAAAGGCUGAUUGGAAGAAGGUGUUGGAAGAAGCACAAUUGAGGAAGAUUAAUGAACUGGAGAACGCAGAGAUGAGCGAUUGA